AAAAUGCUCAUUUGUAACUUGCUCGGUCCCCGAGAAAGAGAACCGUUUGAAGCAAAGUAUUGCAAGUUUUGUUCUUUUUUUGUUGUUGUUGUUGUUGUGACGACUUUGGAGCGGAGACGACGAAAAGCUUUUUCUACUACUAUCCUAUCUCCUUCCCGAUCCCUUCCCUUCCGCAAGUCUCUCUCUCUCUCUCUUUCACCGAGUACGCGAGAGAGAGCCAAGACGCUCACGAUGACGAUGACGACGCCAGAUGCUGCGGUGCCGACGGGACCUGGAGGUAUGCCAGGUUAUAUAUGGAAUUUACCUGCGAUGCCGCCGCCCGAGGGGCAGGCGUCGAAUUUUGUCGAUCCAGAGUCUCGCGAUAUGGAGUUGAUUGUUAUGAAUGCGGUAUUUUUGAGUGCGACGGUGCUGGCGGUGGCGGUGCGGUUUAUUGCGCGACGUACGGCCAAGGACGUAGUUGGCUGGGAUGGAGUGAUGUGUAUUCUUGCGACGAUGGCUUCGGCUGCGCAUAGUGGACUUAUGAUUUCGGGUCUCGAUAUUGGAUAUGGAAAGCAUCUUUGGGACAUUCGCGCUGUCACUUUGACGCAUUCGAGACUACUGCAACUCAACCAACUAUCCACUCUAUACAUCGUCGGUAUCUGCUUUGCCAAACUAUCUGUCCUGCUACUCUACCUCCGCUUCUUCAACGUUGUCGAAUUCACCCGCCACCUCAUCUAUUUUGGCAUCUUCUUGACGCUGUUAUCAUCUGCGGCGUUCAUGGGCCACGAGAUUGCACAGGCAGUGCUGUGUAUGGGUGUGUCGGCUGUGACGAACCAGUUCUGUAAGGCAGUCAACAAGGUGGUGACUAUCCAAGCUGCUGUCAAUGUCUUUAUCGACUUUUACAUUCUGGUAAUUCCGCUACAGCAGGUGUGGAAGCUGAGUAUGAAUUUUCAGAGGAAGCUCGGAGUUUGUGCUGUGUUUGGGGUUGGUCUUGUGGCAUGUAUCGUCAGCGUGGUUCGCAUGGGAUGGUCGAUUCGGAAUCUCAACGAGUCUGAUCAUUUCUGGGCAGCCGUUCUGACCUCGGAGAUGACGAUCGUAGAGAUGAACACAGUCAUUAUUGCGCCUUGUCUGGUGUUUGCACCGGCUUUUGUGAAGCGUAGCAGAAGCGGAGUUUCCAGUCUUCGGACACGACUGGUCAGCAGUGGGCAGAGGACAUCUUCCAAGGACUCGCUCUCGGAUGUAUAUCACGACAAAACGUACGACAACACCCCGAAGCCUCAGAUUGUGCCACUACAAUUCGUUACGACUUCUAAAGACUACAUUGAGCCCGCGAAACCCGCUGCCACCUAUGGUCAUUAGGGAUCUGUUGCGAUGAUAUUUGUCAGGAGGUUGACUCCAACUUGCAUACCCAAGUUUGGAGCCAAGAGGUUUUGGGAGACCAUGGCUCAAGUAUUAUUUCUUAGCCACAUACAAGUAGCAGCCGGACCUGUGUAUUGGGUCUAAAAGUCGUUUACAUUUUAUACAAUACCCCUCGUUGAAUCAAUCCAAACCCGCA